GCCCCUGCAGUGCAGCGCAUGUUAGGCACGAUCGCACGUUCGGCUUCGAAGUGCGCCGUCGCCAAGCUCGACUUUUUUCUUUGCGCCAUUUACUAACCACCCACCUCGUUUGUUGCAGGUAGUCAGCAUGCUGCUGCACUUGUUGGCGCUGCUGGCGGCGCUCAACGCCGUGCUCGCGGACAAGGGCCUCGGGGGGCUGGGCGGCCUCGGAGGCCCCCACCCCGGGCCGCAUCCGGGCCUCAGCCCCGCCGGUGGCGUGGGCUCGGCGUCGGCCGCCCUGGGCCGCUGCGAGGAGAUCACCAUCCCCAUGUGCCGCGGCAUCGGCUACAACCUGACGUCCAUGCCCAAUGAGCUGAACCACGACACGCAGGACGAGGCUGGCCUCGAGGUGCACCAGUUCUGGCCGCUGGUGGAGAUCAAGUGCUCGGAGGACCUCAAGUUCUUCCUGUGCUCGCUGUACGCGCCCAUCUGCAUCCCGGACUACCCGCAGCCGCUGCCCGCGUGCCGCUCGGUGUGCGAGCGCGCCAAGGACGGCUGCCAGCCGCUCAUGCAGCAGUACGGCUUCCAGUGGCCCGAGCGCAUGAACUGCGACAAGCUGCCCGUGCACGGCGACCACGACAACCUGUGCAUGCAGCCGGACAACCAGCCCGGGCCGGAGAUGGGCGGUAUGCCCGGGCACGGGCCGGGCGGCGGCGGCAGGCACCCGGGCCCCACCAAGAGGCCGCCCUCGGGCAGCCUGUUCCCCACGGCUACGCCCAAGUGCAAGCCCGGCAAGAACGGCAAGGGUUGCGACCGAGGAGGCGCGAGCCAUGCGCCCACCGGACGGGAACGAGAAUGCCCCUGCAGGUGUAGACACCCGCUUGUACCUCUGGAGCGAAACUCGACGUGGUACAACCGCAACAUCAGCGUGGCCGAGGUGGAGAACUGCGCCUUCCCGUGCCGGGGCGUUUUCUUCUCGCAGGAGGAGAAGGACUUCGCCGAGGUUUGGAUCUCGCUGUGGUCCGGUCUGUGCGCACUGUCCACGUUCAUGACCAUCACGACGUUCCUCAUCGACCGGCAGCGCUUCAAGUACCCCGAAAGGCCCAUUGUCUUCUUAUCUGGCUGCUACCUCAUGGUGAGCGUGGGCUACUUGAUCCGCGUGGGACUUGGCCACGACGAGGUGGCGUGCGAAGGCGGCAUGAUCCGGUACAGCGCGCACGCGCACGGCCCUCACGCCCACAGCCAGGGCCAGGGCCCCGUGGCGUGCACCAUCGUCUUCCUGCUCGUGUACUACUUCGGCAUGGCCUCCUCCAUCUGGUGGGUGGUGCUGACGCUGACGUGGUUCCUGGCCGCGGGUCUCAAGUGGGGCAACGAGGCCAUCGCCGGCUACUCGCAGUACUUCCACUUGGCGGCCUGGCUGGUGCCGACGGUCCAGACGGUGGCUGUGCUCGUGAUGGCCGCGGUCGACGGGGACCCCGUCGCCGGCAUCUGCUACGUGGGCAACCAGAACGCCGACAACCUGCGCGUGUUCGUGCUGCUGCCGCUGCUGCUCUACCUGCUGCUCGGGCUGUCCUUCUUGGUCGGCGGCUUCGUGUCGCUCUUCCGCAUCAGAAGCGUCAUCAAGCAGCAGGGCGGCAUGGGCGGCCGCAGCAAGGCCUACAAGCUGGAGAAGCUCAUGAUCCGCAUCGGCAUCUUCAGCGUGCUGUACGCCGUGCCCGCCACCAUCGUCAUCGGCUGCCACCUGUACGAGAGCUCGCUCUUCGGGGACUGGAUGAAGCCGCUCACGUGCCAGUGCGGCGCGACCCCGGCCACGCCACAGCGUCCGCUGUACUCGGUGCUCAUGCUCAAGUACUUCAUGGCGCUGGCGGUGGGCAUCACCUCGGGCGUCUGGAUCUGGUCCGGCAAGACUCUGGACUCGUGGCGUCGCCUAUGGGCGCGGUUGUGCGGGCGGCGGCCGCUCGGCGGCCCCGGGGGCGGCGCGGGCUGCGGGGGCAGCGUGCUGAUCGCCAAGCCUCACCACCCGCACUCGCACCCCCAUCUGCUGCCCAUGCCGCUGCCGCCGCACUCCACGGGCGUGGGCUCCUCGCUGCUGAGCGCGCCCAGCCUGCACGUCAACCCCCACGGCAGCCACGGGAUGGGCCUCGGAGGCCUCGGCCACGGCGCCCCCAGCGUGCAGAGCUCGCUGUACCUCAAGCAGCAGCCGCUGAGCCACGUAUGACAGAGGCAAAGCCCCGAGGGGCCCGAGACCGACGAGGUCGACGACGAGCCUGACCAGGUUCGCCACGCUCCAGCCGGUGGCCAGGGCCACCUCCGGGGACCUCUCAGCAACUACGGGCCCAUCUAAGUGCGACGCGGCGCAGUGCAGUGCUGUGUGACGCUCGAAGUGUAAACGUGUUGGUGCUAGUCAAUUGACGAUGUGGACGCAGAGGGUGGGCAGUGCGGGGAACUGAGGAUGAUCCAUAGAAGUAUAGGAUAGGGCUGGGGACUUGAGACGGUCGCGUCUUCCCACGUACUCACUUUCGGUACUCGUGGAAGAUCGACAAACUGACAAAGGUCUCCGUCCAUAUUACGUCCAACUUAUUUUAAAACUUACUUCAGUUCCUCUCACUGUCGCCGAGAGUCAACCUUAAGUUUGUAUGUGUGUGUCUUUGUUUAAAUGCGUGAGUGAGUGAGUGUGUGAAAUUAUGAGUGGAUACGGUGGUCGUGGGUCGAAAAUAGCAAUUGUGCCAUUGUCCUCUUUACUGCCAAAGCAUUAGCGGUGGCUGUGUUUCAGAUUUGCCAUCCUGUUCUAGGUCAAACAUAUUCUGCGAAAUAUGAAAGUUUACUUCAUUCUUGUACUAUUAUUUUUCAAACGUCAUGAAAUGGCAUAGACUGUGCUAAACAAUGUACUGAUUAAAGUUUAGCCUUAAUCAUAGUCGUCAUAGUCACCCACUGUUUGUGAUGACUUGAUCCACAACAUAUGUACAAAUGUAACUUCAUGAAAUCAUUUUAGUUCUAGUUUUACUAACUAUUGUACAAAUUCUAGUAAUGAAAUCAAUGUCAAAUACAACCUAAAGAACAACAAGUAAAUCACUUGUAGUUAUGAUCAAUUGAUUUUUUUUUCUUUAUAGCCCUUUUGUUUUUGUUUUUGUUUCAAAGAGUGUAUUUUGUACAUAUAUAGAAAAUAUCUAUACAGAGGAAUUUACUCCAAUUUACUUCCCCCUUUUGUUUUUACUGUUCGGCACAAUUUCUUGUUUCCUCAAAAAGCAGAAGGAACUUCGAUCUCCAAUACUUGUUGACGAGUUUUUUCUGACCAUUUUAUUAUGACCAUUCCCUAUCUAUAUGAUCCAGAGGUUUAGUUUUCUGUGUUUCUUUGUGCAGAAUUUGUUAAAAGAAAUGUUGAACUAUUUCUAGUAGAAUACCAUCUAGCUCCUAGAUUUGCAAAUGGUCUUACUCCUAGAUGUGCUUCCUUGUGAUUUAAAAAAAAUCCUAAUAACCCAAUAUUUGUAAAAUGUGUCAUUAGUCGUAUUAUUUUCAAUUUUCAACUGAUGAACUGAAUAUCUUUUAAAAUCAAUCGUUGUUUAUGAUUGGUUAAGUGAAGUAUUGCAUUUUUAUGUCUAGCCAUUUGUUCAACUCAUGUAGAAAUGUUUAUCUCUACACUUACUGACAAUUCUUCAUCCUGGUGUGGUAUGAUCUAAUUUUACCUCACAUCUUUCAUUAUCACUUGACUAUAGUUAAAUGUUAACCUAAACUGCCAUCUGUUCUGAUACAUAUUUUCUUGAACUCUGGAUUUUUAAUUGGAUUGUUUCGAAAGAGAGGUGUAAUGAACUAAUGCCUAUCAUACGUAAUUUUGAGGAUAUGGUGGUUUAAAUCUUAGAUUUAUUCCCUGUAAAAGUUGAGUUUUAUGCUAAAUUCAUAGUAUUAAACUGGUUAGUUUUAAACUCUUCCCUCUUUUCUGCCGUCUCACUAGAAUCAUACUUCUAGUCUCUCAUGAAUAAGAUCUGUGACCAUAGAGGUACAUAAUAAAAAGAGUGCAUAGGAUUUUCAGAUUUCUUGGUACACUGGAUGUUUAAUCAAUUGUAGAAAGCAGUAUUCAUUCUAGGGACAUCCUGUUUUGAUAUACGUACUUAUGUAUAAAACCUCAAGUUCAUGCAUUUACAUGUUUUCAUAGCAAGCAAUUGAGCUGUUGCAAAAAUCCUUUUAGUAUGUUUCACUUUGCUUGUUCCUUUUCUAUUUGUAUGUUCACAUUCCUUAGCUUUUAACUGCAGUGUCUUAACAACAAUCUCUAAAACUGCUAUUCAACUUGUUGCUUGAAAUGCUUUCAAUAGUCUGUGAUGUAUUAAGCAUGAACUAUUUAUUUUGUGAUAUUGAUUCUCUUUGAUUGUGCCAUUUCCUUUUUCCUGCUUGAAGAACAUAUCAACAUAGUCUUGUUGCUGGGUUGUUGAAUCAUUUUUUUUUUCUCAACUGCCCACUUCACUUCUUGUAUCUUCUCUUUUUUGGUGUACCACUGCAAUUUUUUUUUAUUUUUUUUGCCAGUAAUCCCAUCACUUGCCGACCAACUGUAUACGACUAGCUAAGCUGUACAGGAUUGUUCUGUUUGUUAUUUAUAAUGUUACUAUUGAAUCUUUCUGUUCAGGUAAUUUCUAGUAGCAACCCUUACUAAAUAAACAAAAAGCCUGAUUAUUAACAAAGCA